AUGGCAUCCAAAGACAAAGAUGUGGCACCCUCACCUGGCUCUGCCUGGGCCUCCAAGGUGGGGCCCUGGGAUGCCAUCCUCGAGGCCGUCAAAGACCAGCUCCCAUCUCUGGACUCAGACUCCUCCUUGCCAGUUCUGCUGCCUGUGCAAUGUGCCGCGGAACUCGGGAGCGGAUGGAAUGCAGAGACCAAGGAUUCAGCCUCUUGGGAAGGAAGGGGCCUUGGGCCUUUUGAGAGCAGUGGUGAGAUCUGCUCUCCUCUUAGGAUGGCCGAGGAGACCCCCAAGUGGCUGGAAGGCAACCUUGGGAACAUGUCCUUCCAUACCAGGGGAUCCCGGAGUCCUCCCUGGGGUCUGCGGGGAGAAGCAACCCUCUCCCCGCAGGAAGGAGACGCGCAGGCAGAGCCCACAAGCGCCACCUCACAAGGUGCUGUAGACCGCAGGGCCCUCCGCCGGGAGAGAAGGAAGCUGAUAGAGAAGGACAUACUCCAGAAAGUGCCCUGGGGUGCCCAGGACCCCGCUCGUAGUGGCCACAGCGGGAUGAUGGAGCUGCCCUGCCUCGCUGGACAGUCAGCCCCCAGCCCAGGGACGCCUCCAGAGGAGCCGCAGGCGGGACCACCGGUGCUCUCGCUCCAGCAACUUGAAGAGUGGGAUUUGGAUUAUAUCCUUCAGAGUCUGGCAGGGCAAGAAGACAACCAGGAAAAUCAUGCACCUGGAACCGCAUGGUGGACAGCUGACGGCUGCCAAGUCCAAGACCACACUGUGCCCAAUGCCCAGGACACGCUCAUGGAGCAGCUGGCCCUCCUGUGUGCCACGCAGCCCAGAGCCUCUGCCUCUGCCUGGAACUUGCCUGCUGACACACCCCGGGACACCAAGGAGCAGGAGGCUGGAAGCAGAUGUGCUUCAAGGAAGCCAGGCACCCAGGCUGAGCCAGGCCGGAAGCUGGCCGAGGGCACGAGGCGCAGCAUGGAGCCUCCCACCAUCUACAUUGAUCUGCGGCAGAUGGAGCCACCAGCCCACCAUUUCCUGGAGAGCUCCAGCUCCAGCUCCUCGGACAGUGAGGAGGAGGAGGAGGAGCCAGCGGCUUUGGGAGACCAGCGUGGCCCAGCAGAGUGGGCAGCUCCUUCCUCCCAGGGCCCACGGAACUGCACUGGGAAGAGUCAGCUGCUUCAGCAGCUCAGGGCCUUUCGGAAGGGGACGGCCCAGCCCCAGCUGCCCACCAGCGAGGGCCCCUGCGGCCAGAGGGCUCAGGCUCGGGCAGACUCAGCCGGAGCAGGAACUGGGAGGAAGCAGCACGUAAAGCUCUGGGCCGAGGGGUACAGUGCCCAGGCCAGGCUCCCAGGAGGAAGCCCCCAGGCCCUGGGGGACGCUCUUGGGCCAGGAGUAGCCGGGGAGGCCCCGGUGCCUCUUCUGGGCUGA